GCUGUGUAUAUUAUAUGUAUAUAUCGUGAUUGUUGUUCGAAACCCAAAAGAGAAAAAACUUCAACAUUUCUUUCACCGCAAGAAAACAAAGAUCGAUGACGGCGUUCUCUAGUUCUACUCCGUCUAUUUCAACGGAGUCAGUCAUGGCCGUAAUAAGGGCAACCAUGCCUGCCUUUCGAAACGCCCAUGACAAGAUUGCAUUCAUCGUUCACGCCGCUUUCUUCACCUCCGGCUUUGUCCUCCGUGCCGCCGGUCAGGCUGCCUUCAACGACGACAACUGUUUCAGCUAUGAUCAUCAGGAGGUUGGCAUCCAUGGAUGGAAUGAGCUCGAAUCUAAUUACGCCUUCGUGUACACUCACCCGAACAAUGGCGGUUUUCGGGAGAAUAUUGUGGUCAAGUGUCUGGCUUCGAAUCAUAGAUUGCACAUUUACGCUGCCCUAGAUAAAGGGUUAGGGUUAGGUUAUUACCCUGAUGUGCUUGGCCGGUUACAAAUCAACAUCCAUGAUUAUGUGCCGCCGGCAAGUAAUAAUAGUAAUAGUAAUGGUGGUUAUGAUCAUGAAUUCGUGAAAGAUUUCGGGAAGCUGGUGAGAGAUAUUGAUCAUGAACUUGUAACCAAAUUUAGUCAUCUUUUCCUUCGCCGCGGUUCCGGCUAUGGUGGCCCAGCGGAUUUCCGUCAUGCUCCUCUGCCUCCUUGUCCUCCUCGAGCUCCGCCGGCUCCAGCUGUCCCUCUUCCUCCCGGUGCUCCUUUCGGGUCUCCAUUGUGGUUUAAUCCCGGCUGGUAUUCAUGAAGGCCGGCCCAGAACUGGGGAAAAAAAAAGUCAAGAGAAUACCUAUUUUACCACUAGUGUGUCGCAGGAUGACCGUUUU